GGCAACCUGCAUAUUGGUUCUGUUUUCCUAUCCUCUCUUCGUUAAUUCAUCGCAGAAAAAAGGGAGGAGAAAGCGGGUUGCUCUGUUGAUGGGCGGGUUAAGGCGCGCAGGAAUGGAUUCAAGGAGGAAAUGAAGCGAUUCUUAUUAGUUUAUGUUUCAUUCAAUUGUAAAAAAGUGCAGUGGAGAGGCUCAUCUAAGCUGUUGGGUUUGUGAAGCUGCCCUCCGGCGGUCUCCAUAUGCUGGGAAACAAGUACACGAGUCGAAGCCAAACCAGGGUUGAUAGGCUGCUUCGUGAAAGGGAACUCAGGAAGUUCAACAAAAUUUACAGCAACGAUGACUACGAUGCACCUGACAGCAGGUGGAUUAACAGUAUCAGUCCCGAGUUCCUCCCUAAAGAUGAGAUGGGAGUGGCUGAUGUCCAUGAAGCUGAGAUGUUGGGGGCCUCCCCUCUUGCUUCUAGGAUAUUUGGAAAUGGAUUUAGGCCAUCAGAGGGGAAGACCAUGAAGCAACGACUGUUAGUGGUGGCUAAUCGUCUUCCAGUGUCUGCAUGCCGGCGUGGUGAGGAUUCCUGGUCACUGGAGGUCAGCGCUGGCGGCCUUGUCAGUGCGCUUCUUGGUGUUAAGGAUGUUGAUGCUAAAUGGAUUGGAUGGGCUGGCGUAAAUGUGCCGGAUUUAGUUGGGCAAAAGGCACUUAGAAAGGCACUGGCUGAGAAGAGAUGCAUUCCGGUUUUUCUUGAUGAAGAAAUAGUACAUCAAUAUUACAAUGGUUACUGCAACAAUAUCCUUUGGCCACUUUUUCAUUAUCUUGGACUUCCUCAAGAAGAUAGGCUUGCAACAACUCGCAGCUUCCAAUCUCAGUUUGAUGCAUAUAAAAGGGCUAACCAGAUGUUUGCUGAUGUUGUGAAUGAACAUUAUGAAGAGGGGGACGUUGUUUGGUGCCAUGAUUACCAUCUUAUGUAUCUUCCAAAAUGCCUGAAGGACUAUAACAGCAAUAUGAAAGUUGGUUGGUUUCUUCACACUCCUUUUCCUUCAUCAGAGAUUCACAGAACGCUGCCAUCUCGAUUAGAGCUUCUUAGAUCUGUUCUUGCUGCUGAUUUAGUUGGAUUUCACACAUAUGACUAUGCACGACAUUUUGUGAGUGCUUGCACUAGAAUUCUGGGACUUGAAGGCACGCCAGAGGGAGUGGAAGACCAAGGAAAACUGACACGAGUUGCUGCGUUUCCUAUUGGGAUAGACUCUGACCGGUUUCAGCGGGCACUUGAGCUUCCAGCGGUCAAAUAUCACAUCAAUGAAUUGACACAAAGAUUUGCUGGUCGUAAGGUAAUGCUAGGAGUUGAUCGGCUUGACAUGAUUAAAGGGAUUCCCCAAAAGAUUUUGGCAUUUGAGAAGUUCCUUGAGGAGAAUCCAGGCUGGCGUGAUAAAGUAAUAUUGCUCCAAAUUGCAGUUCCAACGAGAACUGACGUUCCUGAGUAUCAAAAGCUUUCUUGUCAAGUUCAUGAAAUUGUUGGACGUAUAAAUGGACGAUUUGGAACACUAACUGCCGUACCCAUACACCACCUGGAUCGCUCCCUUGACUUUCAUGCAUUAUGUGCUCUAUAUGCAGUCACUGAUGUCGCUCUUGUAACCUCACUGAGAGAUGGCAUGAAUCUUGUAAGCUACGAGUUUGUGGCUUGCCAAGGUGCAAAAAAGGGUGUUUUGAUAUUAAGUGAGUUUGCAGGAGCUGCGCAGUCUCUUGGAGCUGGUGCCCUUCUUGUAAAUCCAUGGAACAUUACAGAGGUUGCUGAUUCGAUUGCAAAAGCAUUGAAUAUGACUCCUGAUGAGAGAGAAAAGCGGCAUAGGCACAACUAUGCCCAUGUAACCACGCACACAGCCCAAGAGUGGGCAGAAACUUUUGUAAGUGAACUUAACGAUACAGUUGUUGAAGCUCAAAUAAGAACAAGACAGGUUCCACCAUUGCUCCCUUCUGAAUUAGCCAUCGGACAAUAUUUGCGGUCCAAGAAUCGUCUCCUCAUAUUGGGUUUCAAUUCAACACUAACAGAGCUGGUUGAAUCUUCUGGUAGAAGAGGAGGCGAUCAAAUUAAGGAGAUGGAGCUUAAGCUUCAUGCAGACUUAAAAGUCCCUUUGACAACGCUUUGUAAUGAUCCAAAAACUACCGUUGUUGUUCUUAGUGGAAGUGAUAGAAGUGUCUUAGAUGAUAAUUUUGGGGAAUACAAUAUGUGGCUGGCAGCAGAGAAUGGGAUGUUUUUGCGUCUUACAGAUGGAGAGUGGAUGACUACAAUGCCAGAACAUCUUAACAUGGAUUGGGUUGACAGUGUGAAGCACGUUUUCGAGUAUUUUACAGAAAGAACUCCUAGGUCUCACUUUGAGCAUCGGGAAACCUCACUUGUAUGGAACUACAAGUAUGCAGAUGUUGAGUUUGGAAGAAUUCAAGCAAGGGAUAUGCUACAACAUCUAUGGACGGGUCCAAUAUCUAAUGCAGCUGUUGAUGUUGUCCAAGGCAGUCGAUCAGUUGAGGUUCGUUCAGUUGGGGUCACUAAGGGUGCUGCAAUUGAUCGAAUAUUGGGAGAAAUCGUGCACAGCAAGAACAUGAUUACACCAAUAGAUUAUAUUUUAUGCAUCGGACAUUUUCUGGCAAAGGAUGAGGAUAUAUACACAUUCUUCGAGCCCGAGCUUCCUUCAGAACCCCUCAAUUCCUCCAGAACAAAGACAACCGAAGUAAUGAAACCACCUGCUGAGAGGAAGCAUGGCGGGAAGCAAACAAACAGCAAGAACAGCUCAAAAACAUCACACUCAAAGAACCAGAAGAAUCCCUUCACAUCUGAAAGGAAGGUCUCGUCUUCAAACCAUAAUAACAACCCGAAUGCCUGCCGGUCUCCUCAGGAGGCUACGUCGUGGCAAGAGGGCUCUUCCGUUCUUGAUCUGAAGGGAGACAAUUACUUUUCGUGCACCGUGGGACGACAACAAUCAAACGCGAGGUAUCUGCUUAACUCUUCGGAGGACGUAGUUUUGUUUCUGAAAGAAUUGGCUCUGUCAUGCAGUAAAAAUAGGUAUUUCAGUGCCAACAACCACAAUGGUGAUUUAAGGUCAUGAAGUAUGACAAAAAAUGAUCUUUGUGGGAAGAAAUGCUGAUAGUUUUUAUAAAAUUAGCAAUGGCUAGAUCAGGAAAUAUCUAAUACUAUGUUUUAUUAUCACGUUGAGUGUAUCGAUGUUGUAUCAAUGUUGUUUAAAAAAAGCUUUUUUACUUGGUAUGAGAUAUAUGUGACUUUAUGAUGUUGUAGAGUUGAUAUUUUACUUAGUAGACGCA